AAUACCCUCAUCCCAGAGCUGUGAAACUCUACUGUGCAAGUUCAAGUUCAUAGUCGAAUAUCUCUUGAUCCCAAAUUCAACGCAAGGCAACCAUUGUCUUCCUUAGCUGCCACUAAACAACAGGUCUGGGCCUCAAAUAUCUGGGCUUUAGCCCCAAACAAUCUUCCGGACCCGACUUCUCGUCAUUUGUGUCCAAGGGCAACAGCAGUGGCAGGGAGCAAACACCGCCGUAGUUCACGAUUAGAGGCAUGAAAGUCGGCGGAGGAGUGUUUUAUGGAGCUCCACGCGCCACCUCAUUCCUUCUCAGCCUCCGCAGACACACUACGCUACGAACUUUUUCUUGUUCUUCAUUUCCUGACCAUAUCGGUUUUAUCAAAGAAGUGGCUGCAACUCAGCCUCCUAAGCAUUUGUCUCAUUUGUUGAGGAUGUUAAAGACAAAAGGUGAAUCUAUUGUUUCUCCUAGAGCCAAGAAAGGGUUGUUCCCUCUAGCCAUUCCACUGGCUAGAAACAGUUCAGAUGCUGUGAUUGCGCUACUCAGAUGGCCAACAGCACCACCUGGGAUGGAAAUGCCAGUGGUUGAGGUUCGUAAACAUGGAGUUUGGCUUUUGGCAAAGACUGUAGAUCAAUAUAUUGAUCGAAUCCUGGUUGAGGAAGAUGCUGAUAUUUCUUCAGAAGGCAAUGCUGAUCUAUUUCAUGCUGCAGCUGAUGCUGGAGAUAAUCUUUAUAAAAAGGGUGACUAUGCUAAGUCUCAGAUUUUAGACCUAGAUGUAUAUCUCUUAAAAAAGGUAGGUUUGCUUCCUGAUGUCUUAGAGCGCAAAGUGAUGCUCCAUUUGCAGAAAGGAGAUCAUGUUUCAGCUUUAGUGACUGUGGAGUUCUAUACAAAGAAAAAGCAUUUUCCAGGAUUUGCAAGGCCUUUUGCAUUCAACGCAGAGGUUAUGCUGAAGAUUGGACGUAAGUUAGAAGCUAAAGAUGCUGCAAGGGGAGCUUUAAAAUCACCAUGGUGGACUCUGGGUUGCAGAUACCAGGAUGUUGCUCAGAUAGCACAAUGGGAGGAUGAGCAAAUUGAGCAUGUUAAAGAAAAAAUGACUGAAGAAGGAAGGCAAGAAGACCUUAACAAGGGAAAAGAACCAUCGCAGAUUGCAUUGGAUGAAGCUGCAUUUUUGUUGGACUUAGCUUCUGUUGAAGGGACUUGGGAUGGAGCUGUGGAACAGAUAGCUGAGUGCUAUAAACAGGCUGGACUUCACGAUGUUGCCAGAUUUAUCCAAUAUAGAGAUUGAGUGUCUAGGUUGGUAUAUAUAAUCAAUCCAAUAUGUUUAUGCUGAGUCAAUUUGGAUUUUGAAAUCCCAUUUUCAGUUUUAAAUACACAGCAAAUUAAAUUUUGAAACAAUUUAAAACUUCAUAUAUACUGUUUGCUAUACUGAUGUAUAAAAUGUGGUGACUCUUUCAAGCUUGAGCAUACAAGUGACCUCCAAAUUCAAGCUUGCAUCAGGAUUUAGGUUACUAUCCAAUUAGGGAUAACUACAAAUCAAUCCCAAAUUUGUUAUUGGCCCCACAAACCAGUCCUUAACCCAUCUGUUUUGUCUAGACAUCAUUCAACUUUUCAUAAACCUAACACGUGAGUCCCCAAUGUUAAAACAACCACCACCUUCUUUUAAAAAACUCACACUCUUCCCCACACCACGGUCUCCCUCUCUAUAACAUCACCAGUAUAAUCCCUCACUCAAAUAUGGGGAUUCAAAUUCUCAAAUUUGAAACCCUAACAAAAAAUAAAAAUAAAAAUAUGAAACAAUAGUAGUCUCAGCUACUCUAUUACAACCUCUGCAUUUUUUUCAAAACGAGAAUCUCUGAAACCUUUUUUUACCCGUAUGAGAGGCUGCUACAAUUUCUGGCAACUCAUUUCCAGUGCCUUUAUCCAGAGAUUUCUUGUGGCUUCAAGGAAUCAAAUACAGGUAAGCCUAUUGUUAUUUUUAAUCAAUUUUGUUGGGUGAUGAA